AUGCGGUACAUUCACUCCGAGGAACGGCUGCCCAUCCCCGAGAAUGUGAAGAUUCACAUUCGCUCCCGGGUUGUGACCGUUGAGGGCCCUCGAGGCAAGCUUGUUAAGGACCUCUCCCACAUCGCUGUCACUUUCGGCCGCCCCGAGAAGGAUGUUAUCUCUAUCGAGCUGCACCACGGUGCCCGCAAGGGUGUCGCUACCCUGCGUACCGUCCGUACCAUCAUCAACAACCUGAUCAUUGGUGUCACCAAGGGCUUCAAGUACAAGAUGCGCUACGUCUACGCUCACUUUCCCAUCAACGUCAACAUUGAGAAGAACGCUGAGACUGGCCUCUACGACGUUGAGAUCAGAAACUUCUUGGGUGAGAAGUACGUUCGUCGUAUCACUGCCCAGCCCGGUGUUGAGAUCAUCACUUCCCCCAACGUCAAGGAUGAGCUUCAGCUCUCUGGCAACUCCCUUGAGAAUGUCUCCCAGAGUGCUGCCGACAUCCAGCAGAUCUGCAGAGUCCGCAACAAGGAUAUCCGAAAGUUCCUUGACGGUCUGUACGUGUCUGAGCGGGGUAACAUUGUUGAGGAAUAG